AUGCUGGGAGGUCUGGGGAAACUUGCUGCUGAGGGCCUGGCCCACCGCACUGAGAAGGCCACUGAGGAAGCUGUUCAUGCCGUUGAGGAGGUGGUGAAGGAGGUGGUGGAACACGCCAAGGAGGCCGGAGAGAAAGCCAUUGGCGAAGCCUUAAAGAAGGCCCAUGAGGCAGGGGACAAAGCGGUGAAGGAAGUCACUGAGACGGUGACCAACACAGUCACAAGCGCUGUCACCCAUGCAGCGGAAGGCCUGGGCAAGCUGGGACAGUGA